AUGGCCGCAAUUGGCUCCCUGAUCUUUUGCACUGACUGUGGCAAUCUCCUGCCCGCGUCCAUGGGCAGCGAGAAGAACAUCCUUCAUUGCGACUGCUGCGGAGCAGAAAACAGAGAUCACCCGUGGAAGACUGUAACCACGAGGACGAAACCCUCUGAUUUCCCUUCGGCACUCCGACAAAAAUUGUCAAUUGUUCAGACCGUCGAAAGGCACAAGGUGCAAACAGAGCGCAUCGAUUCCAAUACCGAGUGCCCGAAAUGCGGCAAGACCGGGAUACGGUAUUCCGAAGUGCAACAGAGGAGUGCUGAUGAAGGCUCAACCAUCAUUUACAACUGUGACUGCGGCGAAAGGUGCGGAAUACUGGGAUUGCGUCUAUGGCCCCUUGCUAACGUGGCAUCCAGAUGGACUAUGAACAACUGA